AAUUCAGUUAGUCUUUUUUAAUCAACAUUUUCUAAGAAAAUAAUGUUGAACACAUCCACCAAGAAUAUCAGCAAAACAACUUCACCAUUAUUUCCACAUAAGCCCUUUGUUGUAGGAAAUGAACCAAGUUUUGUUCAACUUUAUAAUUCUGCUAGGGCACAUAAGGCAUCAGCUGCUGCAUUAUAUUCGAGGAAUAAGUUACAUGGUGGUGCAGCUGUAACUAGGGCACGUCGAGGGAAAAAUGACGGUCUUAGAGUUAAAGCAAUAUCAACCAUUGAUAGUGAAAAAGCUGUGAAAGUCAAGGCCACCGUCUCAGUAAAACCAGCUUUUGGUGGAUUAUUAACCAACGUUGGCCUAAGCCGAGGGCUUGAUGAUAUUACUGAUUUGCUUGGUAAAACCCUCCUCUUGGAGCUUGUUAGUGCCGAGGCUGAACCAAAAACACCAUCGGAGAAGAAGGCAACAAUCAAAGGAUACGCCCACCGUUCCAAGUCCGAGGAUGGAGUGGUAAAGUAUGAGGCUGAUUUAGUUGUACCACCAGAUUUUGGAGAAGUGGGUGCUAUACUUGUUGAAAAUGAACACCACAAAGAGAUGCACCUUACUGAUAUUCUACUUGAUGGCCUGCCUUUUGGCUCAGUGCACUUUAAUUGUAACACAUGGGUGCACCCCAAAUUCGAUAACCCUGAAAAAAGGAUCUUCUUUACUAAUAAGUCAUACUUGCCAUCACAAACACCAAGCGGAUUGAAGAAGUUGAGGGAGAAAGAACUCGAAAGUUUGAGAGGGAAUGGAAAAGGAGAGCGCAAGAAUAUUGAAAGAAUAUAUGACUACGACACUUACAAUGAUCUUGGUGAUCCAGACAAAAAUCCUGAAUUAGCAAGACCAGUUUUGGGUGGUAAUAAAGACCUUCCUUAUCCAAGCCGUUGUAGAACAGGACGUCCCCCUACUAAGGAAGAUCCAAAUUCGGAGAGUAGAUCUAGCUCUGUGUACGUGCCUAGAGAUGAACAAUUCUCAGAAGUGAAACAGACACAAUUCGGAUUCACAACUGUGUACUCGGUGUUGCAUGCUGUUGUGCCAUCAUUAGAGACUGCAAUCCUUGAUCCUGAACUUGGAUUUCCAUACUUUACAGCCAUUGACUCACUCUUCAUCAAAGGAGUUAACUGUCCAGGACUGCAACAACAUGGGUUCUUGCAAGAUAUGUUGCCUAGGCUCAUCAGAGCUGUCACUGACCUUGAAGAUAACAUGCUUCGCUUCGAGCUCCCGAAGAUCUUUGACAGGGAUAGAUUUUCUUGGUUUAGGGAUGAGGAGUUCUCUCGUCAAACUCUUGCUGGCUUGAAUCCUCUUAGCAUCAAACGCGUCAUGGCUUUGGAAGAGAAGAGAUUAUUUAUAAUUGAUUACCAUGAUGCGUUGUUGCCUUACGUGAACAAAGUUAGGGAGCUCAAGGGAAGAACAUUGUAUGGGUCACGAACUUUGUUCAUCCUUGUAGAUGGAACACUAAGACUUCUAGCAAUUGAGCUGACUCGGCCUCCAUCUGAUGAGAAGCCUCAGUGGAAGAAAGUAUUUAUGCCAGGAAUUGAUGCAACUUCUGGCUGGCUUUGGAAGCUUGCUAAAGCUCAUGUCCUUGCCCAUGACUCUGGCUACCACCAACUUAUUAGCCACUGGCUACGAACACAUUGCUGCACAGAACCAUACAUAAUUGCAGCAAAUCGACACUUGAGCGCAAUGCAUCCAAUCCAUAGGUUGUUGCAUCCUCAUUUUCGCUACACAAUGGAGAUCAAUGCUCUUGCCCGACUAGCUUUAAUUAAUGCAGGCGGUAUCAUUGAGAGCUCCUUUGCACCUGGGAAGUACGCCUUGGAGUUAAGCUCCGUCAUCUAUGGCUCAGAGUGGCGAUUUGAUCAUGAAGCAUUGCCCGCAGAUCUUAUAAGCAGGGGAAUGGCAGUUGAAGAUCCAUCAGCGUCACAUGGAGUAAAACUAAUAAUAGAAGACUAUCCAUACGCGAGUGAUGGGUUAGAUCUAUGGGCUAUAAUCAAGCAAUGGGUGACGGAUUAUGUGAGCCACUACUACCCUGAUCCGACUCUUGUAGAGUCGGAUCAAGAGCUUCAAGCUUGGUGGACGGAGAUUAGGACUAUAGGCCAUGGAGACAAGAAGGAUGAGCCAUGGUGGCCAACUCUUAAAACACCUCAAGACCUUAUACACAUUGUCACCACAAUAAUAUGGGUGACUUCUGGACACCACGCAGCAGUAAACUUCGGACAAUAUGCAUAUGCGGGUUACUUCCCUAAUAGGCCUACCAUUACUAGGACUAAGAUGCCUACAGAAGACCCUACUGACGAGGAGUGGAAGCACUUCAUUGAAAGGCCUGAGGAUGUACUACUUCGAACCUAUCCUUCACAAAUUCAGGCUACACGAGUUAUGGCGAUUUUGGAUGUUCUUUCAGGUCAUUCACCAGAUGAGGAAUAUCUAGGAGGAAAAAUGGAGCCAUCUUGGGAGGCAGAACCUAUGAUAAAGGCGGCUUUCGAGAAGUUUAACGGGAGGUUGAAGGAAUUAGAGGGGAUCAUUGAUGAGAGGAAUGCUAAUGAGAAUCUAAGGAAUAGAAAUGGAGCUGGUGUUGUGCCGUAUGAACUAUUAAAGCCAUUCUCCGAACCUGGUGUCACUUCUAUGGGAAUUCCAAAUAGCAUCUCCAUUUGAAAUGAUUCAUACACAUUAAUAAGUUAUCGUUCAUCAGUCAAAUGUGUGUAGAAUAAUAGUAAAGAUAUAUGACAAACAAUAUCAGGUACUUUCACAACAUGGAAUUACAUAAAAAAGUCAAUUCAAGAUCUUGAAUAAGUAUAUUGUAAGUGACAAAUAAAGCAA